AUGUUGGCUCUCACUUUGACUGCCGAACUCAACGGCGUAACCGAUCUCGCCCCCAUCGACACUGAAGACAGCCCUUUCUACUACACAUUCAAGGUCCAAUGUACUUCAUGUCGUGAGGUCCACCCCAACUGGGUCAGCGUGAGCAGAUUCGAACAAAACGAAGUAUCUGGCAGCAGAGGCGAGGCCAACUUUGUCUGGAAGUGCAAGAACUGCAAGAGAGAGCACUCUGCUACCAUCAAGGAGGCACCUAAAGCCUACGCCCACAACGACACUCCCAAGAGUCAGAAGAUCAUCGAGAUUGACUGCAGAGGUCUCGAGUUUGUUGAGUUCAAGCCUGAUGGCGAGUGGAAGGCCACAGGCAUCGACUCGAACACAAAAUUCGAUGCCAUCGACCUGACUGAAGGUGACUGGUACGACUACGACGAGAAAGCCAGCGAGGAAGUCAGUAUCCAAGGCCAAAAAUGGGAGAUCAAGCGUGCAUAA